UUGAUGCAAACUAACGCAUGGCUUUUUAAUGCUAGCUAAUAGUUGACCUCUAUGGUGGCUGCAAGCUAGCUAGCUAGCUUACUUGCUAUAUACAGCUAGACAGUGGCUUGCUCUCUAUUGAUUCAUUGAUUUUGGGUGGCAGGUUGGACUAGUAACUGAAAGGUUGCUGGGUCGAAUCCCCGAGCUGACUAUGUAAAAAUCUGUUGUUCUGCCCCUGAACAAGGCAGUUAACCCACUGCUCCCCGCUGAACUUAUCAACAACAUGGACAAGAAAGCAACAUGGGACCGGUUCUACACAGAAAACAGCAAGGCAACCAACUUCAAGAAUUUUGAGUGGUUCUUUGGUUUCGACGCAAUCCGGGACUUCAUCUUGCCUAUGCUGCAUUCACAGCACAACUCUGAUGCCCUACAUGUUCUGGACAUGGGUUGUGGUACCUCUGCCCUGGGACCCUGCAUAUACAGAUACUCUCCCUGGCCAGUGCAGGUGACCUGUGCUGACAUCUCCGCUAUCGCGGUGCGCCUUAUGCAGGAACACACAGAAACCAAAGCCCUGCAACCUCAGAACACUUCCUCUAAGCUGGACUUCUUAGAACUGGACUGCACUCAUCUCCACAAACACUUUGGUUCUGAGAGCCUAGACCUCAUUCUAGACAAGGGCACCAUAGAUGCCUUGCUAAGGUCGAGGGAAGGUGGAGCCAAGGCCAGUCAAGUGCUUAAGCAGUGCCUAAAGGUUUUGAGGGACUCUGGGUCUCUCCUUCAGUUCUCAGAUGAGGACCCUGAUGCCAGAAUGUUGUGGCUGGAGAAAGAGGGCCAGGAGCUGGGGAGGAUGGUUGCCGAUGUGGGGGUGCAGGAGGUGGGAGAGUUAAGGGGAGUAACUUAUUACUGCUACCAAGUUACAGCUCAUCCUGUAGCACAGUAGAUAGUUGUUUGUGUAUGUCUGUGUAUUCAGGGAGUGAACAUAUUUGAUGUGACUGUAAUAAAUAAUUCAUUUCUUGAUACAACUGACCAACUUUUAUCUAGACAAAAGAUGUACACACAUUUCUUUCUUUGUCUACACACGAUAUGAACAGAGGUCUUGUGAAGAGCUGCCCAACUAUACUAUAGAACAAUUACUGUAGACUUGACAUUUUAUUCAGAAGGACAGUUCACAGUGCAAGUUUACAUUUCCAAGGCCUAUAUGUAUUAAGGAAAGCAAUUUAACAUUUGUCAAAGGUAAAAUGUUUACAUAUGUUACAUGGUCAGUACUGGAAUUUUUUUCUAAUUCAUGGUUUAACCCUUUUCUUAUACAUUAAUGAGUUAUCCCUUUUUAUAAUGAUUUAUAAAUUCAUUAAAACAUUUAUCACAGGUUAAAAAUAAGCAAUAGUUGUGUGAAAAUCUCAUAAGAAAAGAAAAUGAAAGACCUGGUCCGUUAGUUUAUG